AUGCAUUCAUAAUUAUUACAAUAUUUAUAUAUUAUGACGAUUUGGUGACUUUAACAUCAAUUUUAACGACAAGAAAUCGGAAACUUUUAAAACUUUCCUUGUGGACACAUUCAAUUUACACAUGGAUAUGAUAAAAAAUCCAGCGGAAUCUACAACGAGAGACGACACCACUAUCGAUGCAGUAUUUUCAAGACAUUUGGAAAAAGUUACAUCACAAACAUACGAUAAUGUACAACGAGAUCAUUCUAUUUUCAACUCUGUAGUGAUUGGCAAAGCAAUUUAACUGCCCAUUAAGCGUAUUUCUCAUCAUUUUCAUGUACUGUUCAUGCCGUACACAGAUAACUACAGCUGCAGAUACACAGACACAAAAACAAUAUGGCUAAUAUGCUGAGUGUUAGGAAUGUCAAAUGUGGUCGAAACGUAUAAUUCUAUGCUAAAUAGAGUUUCUCACGUGGCCUGCGGUAUUGACUCCAGGCGGUCGAUGGUCGACAGUCGGAGUCGAAGGGUGACGCGAACCCAAAGAGGACUCCACGGACGACCAGUGCAGGUGUACAGCGUGUUCCAGAACGGUUACAAGAUCUACAUAAAUAUGGAGUACGCGGAGAACGGCGACAUGUUCACGUACCUCCAGAAGACGAAGCUGUCGGAGGUACAGAUCCGUUCGUGGUUGUUGCAGAUCCUGUGGGCGUUCUCGUACAUGCACGGCGUGGGCGUGGUGCACAGGGACCUGAAGUGCGAGAACAUACUGCUGACCAGGAGGUACAACUUGCGGAUAGCCGACUUCGGGUUCGCUAGGUUCGUGGACCGAGGACGGAAUCCCGGGGCGGACACGGUGUGCGGCACGAUGACCUACUCAUCGCCCGAGCUCCUGUACGGCAAGCGUCCCUACAACCCGGUGGCCGCGGACGUGUGGGCGAUCGGCGUCGUGCUGUUCAUAAUGUGCAACAACGUGCCGCCGUUCCGGAACAGCCACAAGGAAGAGAUACACAGGAAACAGAUGGAAAAACAUUUUACAUUUCGAAGGUCGUUGGGUCGAAGUAGAACACUGAAAGAUUUGACCACCACGUUCUUAGAGCCAAAUUUUCUGAAGCGCACAAAAAUCAAGACCGCUUUGCAACAUCCCUGGAUCAAAGAGGGCAAUAUCAAAAUGCCCGCGGAUGUGGCCAUGGCAAGCGAAUCGAUUGCGGCCAGUGUAAGCGAACCGAUAGUCACGGAGACUUCAUUGAGGGUACCUGCAUUUCAUUACCAGCUGUCGGAAUACGACAAAUCGGUUAGUACCGACAACGAGUUGUUCACAGCAGUCGUAGAGGAAAGCGAGGUUAUCGAACCAAAAACAUUGAAACCGAAGAAAUGAUUUGGUGUAUAAUAUGUGACUAGAGCAGAAAACAAUAUUAAAACGUACCUAAAUCAACCCGCAAGAAUUAAGAAGACCGUGGUUUUCUAUGAUGAUUAAUGAAAUUAGUAAUACAAUAAGUAAUAAUAUAAUAUUAUUUGUAGAUACUCGUAAAUAGUUUAUUUAUAUAUAUUAUAUAUAUACAAACUAUAGUAUUUACUAUUUACAUAAUAUUUUACACAGAAAAAAUAAGUGUAGGUACCUACGCAUUAUUUUGUAUUUAAAUAUGGUGAAAUUAAGUUAUUAAAAUGAGAUGAAAUCAAUAUUUUAUUGGAUUAUGAGUAGAUACGUACUCAAUGUAAGCAUCCUACAAUCAACCUCCACCUUAAAUUAUAAAACUGUGGUUUUCCUUACGUCAUUAAUCAGCAUGGUAAACCACGAUUUUCUUAAUUCUGGUGUGUUGGUGGUGUACGUCUCAAUCGUUUUCCGCUAUAGUGUAAAUAUAAAUACUUAUGUAUGAAUAAAACUAUUUACGAUUAUCUACAAAUAAUAUUAUAUUAAUACUAAUUGUUGAACUUUUCUGAUUUUGUUAAAAAAUAUAUAUUGCAAAAUCUUUACCUAUACUAAAACAUUUCAAAUAUCAAUAUUUUAUUCAUUCGAACAAAGAUGAAUAAAUACAUAUUUUAUUAAUUUUGUUUCACACCCACUUAUUUCCACCCAUUAGGCCGGUAAUAUUAUAUUGGCAAAAUUAAGCCUCAUCGUGGUAUGUGGCUAACCAGUACCUAUACCCACCGUGAGCAUAAAUUUGUAUAAGUGACCGUAUCGGUAUCCGCUGCGUAAAUCCCGUAAGCCUACGAAUGGUCGUGUGAAUGCAUUUCCUGAAAUCCUGUUGAUGAUAACUUAUAAUUUGGUUAUGGUUAUGCGAGCAGAGAAAGACGUAUCGGGGCUGUCUAAUACAUUAUAACGUGUCGUUUAAUGCCAUAGCUUGAUAGUUAUAAUGCUAGGUAUGUACAAUUUAAUCUGAAGAUUAAGUACUUAUAACCUAUACAGAGUGUGUUAAAGUGGAGUAAGCCGACUCCAUUAAAUAGCGUCAAGUAUUUCAAAUUAUCGCGCCGGUCUACAAUAUUAUCUACGAUACGUAUAUAUAUAUAGCUACAACUAAUUAAAAUAUAUUUUAUACGAAUCGUUUCAAAAAAUAUACACAGACUAACAUAAUAAUAUAAAAACUAAUAAUAAUAAUAACAAUGUAAAAAACCAUUAUGCCAUUUCGUCUUACUGCAGUUAUUUGUAAAUUAUUGGCAUGCAAACAUAGUGCAAUAUAAUGUCGUGGUUUCUAAAAAUAACAUUUCGUGAUGAUUGUGACAAAUACUUUAGAGUUUAAAGGUAGUUGAUUUGCUCAGGGGUGGACUGGCCCACUGACUUACUGUCCUGUAGGAUAGUAAGCCUUUGUACGACGAGGGCUUGGGGCCCUUCAUUAAUAAGCGCUAAGGGGCCAUAAUUAAGGGAUAGCACAUCUUAAAUCAUUAUUAUCUUCAACUGCAAUUUCUGAAUUUUGUAAUAAUUUCUAAUUUUAUAAAAUACUAUAAAUCGAUAUACUCCUUGAUAAUAUAUUAUUGGUGUGAUUACAGUUGAAAUUAUGUUAUACUUUUAUGGUAAAAAUACUAAUUUCUACUCUGAAUUUUUCUGAAUAUAUAUUUUCUUUUAUAAUAGGAGGUUAAUUAGGCUUUUACAGGCCUAGUUCGCCCCUGGAUUUGCUUCACGGUAUACUAAAUUUUUAUUUAGUUAGACAAGUCUCAAAUUCGUAUUUUUAUUCAUUAUGUACAAUUUUUAAACAGAAUAAUCAUUCACAUCAUUUUAUUUCAGCAUUAUAAAAUUAUAAUAUUAAUAUUUACCUAAUCGAUACUACAAAUUAUACACCUACGUAAGUAUAUCAAAUACCACUAAUUAUUGUUGAAAAAAAAUAUUUUCAAUUAGGUUUGGACCGAAUCGAAAGAUUACGCGUACUGCAUAUAGUGGGUGUACACAUAAUCGCGAUAUAGUAUAAAAAACGAAACCGAUUUUAAAUAAAAAGAUAUUAUGAAAAUUAUAUGUCCAUGAGUCAGGACAUAAUAUUAAAUAAGAAUGAAUCUGUAAAUCUUAACUGCAGGGGAAAAGAGAAGUGGUAACCGACAUUAAUACUUAGCGACCUUCAGACAUUCAAACGGCGGAGGAAAUUAUUUUUCCCGUUGGUUAUAUAAGUCGUCUAAUAUUCAGACACAGUUUUUUACCGUUGGAACGAAUCAAUUUUUUCUGAGUCAUAGGUAUUAUUUGUACGUUUAUUUCGAACGAGAUUCUGAUCAUAUUGUCAGCAUCGACAAAUCGCAAUUUCAACACGAUGAACUCUCAUAGUGCCUACUGUCUACCUACCUGUAUACUUUUCGAGACUUGGGGUUUAUAGUUUCACAUAUUAUUAUCAGUUCUCACACAAAUUCGUUAUUGAAUAUUUUAAAACGACUGACACAUUACUAUACAUUGCAUACUUGGCUUGUGUUCGAUGAGGGAAAGCUUAUUGCACACUACCUCAAUAGUUUCGAACUUUACGUAUUAUUAUACACGAGAUAAGAUUUUCAUAAUAACAGAACGGCUCGUGUAGUCGUGUGGCAUUUAUGACUUUGGUAUAAAUAUGUUAUUAAUAUAUUCGUCAAACGAAAAGUUUUUAACCGUAUACCGUUAUUACAGUCGACAUCACAUAGAUCGGCACGGCGGCCACGCUUAUCAUUAUUUGGUGUUCCUAGCGUUUAAUAGAGUGAAUAAUUAAUGAAGAUACAAGUAGAUAAAUUUUUUAUGAAAUUAUAAAUAAGUUUAGAUUUUAGGUGAUUUAUUUCAUGGCCACCGAUCGCAAUGUCAUGAAAAAAUUAUUGCAAAAUCAAUCAUUUUUAUGCCUUUCCGAGAAUUUAAUGACGUUCUCUUCUAAUUGUUAGAGUUGUAAUUUUUUUUGAAAAGAUAUUAUUAUAUUAAUAUGUGUUGCAAUAAUCCGGGUUAGACGUAUUAAUAAUGUUGAUUAUAGAGAACGGAAUUAAUUCGAAGAAAAAAAGUCAUUAGUAGUCAUGGCUCUGUUGUUAAGAUGAAAAAGGGUGAAGUUAAAUAAGAAUUUAAAGUAAUUAGCAGAUAAAACUUAAAUGGAUUUAUAAAAAAAAAUAAAUAAUAUUUUUUAUCCUAAUUUAUUUCCGGUAGCGUCUCAAACACAAUAUACAUUUGUUUUAAAUGUUUUAGAUUAUUGUUUUGUAUGUAUAAUCCUUUAGAUUUUACGAUUUGAUAUUAUAGAAAAAUUAAAUGCAUCGGCUAUUCCAAUAAUGUAUUAUAUUCUCGUACUCAACGUCCCUGUGUUCUCUGUCCAUAUUCCCAAAUUCGCCGAGUGCGACAUAAUAAACGACCAAUCAGUAAUCCAGUGGUGCAAAUAGGAAAAUAGUUUAGAGGGGGCUCAAGCUCCAAAAAAAAAAUAUAUUUUUAAAUUAUAAUAUAUAUUAUAUUGUUAUUUUUUGAGGGGGCUACGCCCCCCCCCCCAAGCCUUCAACCUAUUUGCGCCACUGCAGUAAUCAGUAAAUCGUUAUAUGUCUAAUUAUAAUAUAUUUUACACAACGUUGAGUAAAAUAAUAAUUGUAUAAUAGUUAUACAUUUCAUUUAUUGAUUUUUUUUUAAUUUUUCAGGAACACGAAUUCAUUUUUUUUGUUUGGUUUAGAUCGGAUCGAUUAGUUUUGACCUCUUAAUACUAUAGAUUUAAUAUUAUAUUGACGAAUAAUUGAUAAAUGUUUAAUAAUUAUAUACUGUAUAUAAUCGGACAACGUAUAGUCGAAAACCUAUUGAAAAAAUUAACAACCCCUAAUUUCUAUAAAGUUUUCGGUUCGAGGACUGAUGGUCUUAGUUUUAAUCUCCGUAAAUAAUUCCGAAUUACAAAAAGAUUUUACCUGUUCGACGAUUGUACACACAGCGAGUCGAAGAGCACUUUUUUUUCAAACCGAAUCUUUUGUAAAAUAUUUUACAAUAGGUAUUUCGGUAUCCUAAUCCAUACUUGUACAAAUAAUUGCAUAUUAUGUUUAUGUACAGAAGUCAUAAGUACUUUAUAGGAUCAUUUGAUUAUUAUGAAAGGCAUUGUGCAGGCAAACAAAUCGCAAGGCUGAGUCAAUCAAUUUAUAGCAGAAAAAUGACGAGCCAUAUUAUAGCAAGAACACAGUAGAAAUCUUAUAAUCGAGUAGAAGCAGUAGACUAUGGUGACUCUGUUAUUUUUAUGUCUUUCCGAUUAUUUCGUUCAACGUUGAAUAACAGUUUGUUUUCACGGUCACCAUAUUAUAAUUGAUGAACGGGCCAGGAAAUUAUUCAUCGAUUUGGAAUUUGGAAUUUUGGAAUGACUGCUAUCAAAUUAUAAAUUAUUAUUUAUUUAGUUAUUUAUAACCGUUUUUCAUUGAUCAAUUUGGUAACACAAUCAUACCAUUUUUUAUAUAUAAAUACGCUUCAACUACCAGGGUUAUUGGCGUUUCUGAAAAUUAAAAACUAUUAUAUUUUAUUAUUUUAAAAUAAAAAACAUUACAAAUACAGUUGUAUACAAUAUUAUAAUCAUACCUUUUGCUCUAAAAAUUAUUGUCUAAAGUCAAUUUACUCUAAUGGUAUAAAUUUCCAAAUUUUAUUUUUGUUCUUAUUUUUUAAUUGUUUCCUAUUUACAUUGAUAUUUCCA